AUGGAUACACUUCUUGACGCUCAUGUAAAGCAAUACGGCGACCCAGAAGAUAUUGUGAAGAUCUUUAGACAGCAGGAAGCCAUCAUCAGGAGUCUGCAGGAUAGGAUACCUGCGGAUUCCGCGGCGGCUAGUCAUAUUGGUGAUGUCAGAUUGGCUCAGGAUUCCAAUCCUCAAGGGGAAGGCGACCCCUUCAAUGUUGACGACGCCCCGGAUCAAGGAAACAACGCUGACAAUGGUCCGGAAGGGAACUUUGACAACGAAGUAGAAGGUGAUCCUGCUCCCGACAAUAGUCAAGAAGGUGAUGAUGUUGCUCCCAACAAUGGUCAAGGAAGCAACGUUGACAAUGGUCCAGAAGGGAACGUUGACAACAAAGUACAAGAAGGUGAUCCUGCGCCCGACAAUAGUCAAGAAGGUGAUGAUGUUGCUCCCGACAAUGGUCAAGGAAGCAACGUUGACAAUGGUCCAGAAGGGAACGUUGACGUUGACAAUGAAGUACAAGAAGGUGAUCCUGCGCCCGACAAUAGUCAAGAAGGUGAUGAUGUUGCUCCCGACAAUGGUCAAGGAAGCAACGUUGACAAUGGUCCAGAAGGGAACGUUGACAACGAAGUACAAGAAGGUGAUCCUGCGCCCGACAAUAGUCAAGAAGGUGAUGAUGACGAUGUUGUCGUGGCAAUAGGCAGAUACGUACCAUGCCCUUUCACUACCAUCUCGGGCAUGCCUUGUAGGGCUUUUGGUAAUGUCAGCGUUUGUUAUCUCGACAGGCCGAGAUUGACUACCCAUGUCAAUUGUCCUCUUUGGUGGCCAAAGGCGGAAUCAACUUUGGUUAACGCCGUACACCAGUCGCUUCUUUCAAUCCUUGAGCCUUGA